UCAUGCCUCGCCGUCAAGCGGUGUCCGUGGCAACAGCACAGGAAGUGGCGCGCAACGGUUGAAAAAGUGUCACACAACAAACUGAGGAGGUUUUCAUGCUCUACAACUUCGUCGACCAUUACACCGUGGUGGCGAAGUUAUAUACAACCUGAGCUCCUCUCCAUGUACACCUCGUCACUUAAAACAUGUCGUUUGUGAGAGUGGGACGUCCACAACAACACACCAAAGGAAAACGGCCUGUUCGCCCCAAGAAGGCAGCAGCUCCCAGAAGAGAGUGGGUGAGCACUGUCAAUGACCUGUCUGUGCACAAGCUGACACCUGCAGAGCUGAGCCAUCGUCAUGAGAUCCACAAGUCUCACAACAAGGCUUCAGCUCAGUGGGAGCUGAGAGAGAAAGCCCUACAGCGCCGCUUUAGACACCCUGGGAGCCCUGCACCGCUGGACCAGGCCAGCCUCAGCAUCAUCAGGGAGGUGUUCUCUGACCAGCUGCUGCUGCAGGAUGUCCUGGCUCGUUCUGACAGAGCCAUGGCUGUGGUCAAAGACUUGUUUGGAGAUGCUCCACGUAGGCAGACAGGGCACCCCAGUGUGACAAUGGCUCCAAACUGUAACUCUGGCUCGGUGCUGCCUGUGCUCCAGAGACCAGAUCCUCCUACUCAGCUGUCGCUGCUCAGCCAGUCGAUGAUGGACCAACAGGCUCUUAAUGAAGUAGAAGCUUCAGAGGAAGACUACACUGAUGAAGAUAUUUGUCGUACUGGCAGUUCAGACAAUUAUGUAAUCCAAAGGGCCAAUCUACGAAAAAUGAAGGCAAAGUCACGGGGUAGAUCGAUACAGAAACAGAAAGUUUCUCAUCACAACUCUGACCAGGCAGGUGGAGAUAAUGUUCCUGUAACCCCCUGCACAUCAGGCAGAGCACCAGACCACGCCGCUCUCAACGCCACAGUGGCUGUCCAGCGUGUUCAGUCCAGACAAAGCCAGUCAGUGGACUGCAAGGAAGAACCGUCAGUCCUGGUCUCUCAGGUCCUGAACCCUGAGCUGCCUAUCAACCAGUCAGGUAGGAUCAGUAGUCACACCAGCAGAACCAGGAGGUGUGUUUCCCAGAGUUCAGAGCUGAAUGGCUCCUCUGUUACCUCUCUCAGUGGAGACCAGUCCAGUCUGGGCAUGCUGCAGGCCAUGUUGGGUCAGGUGGAGGCAGACUUGGACAUUCUGAGUCCUGACACAGAACCAGCCUCAGCACAGAGUCAAAAACAGAACAACAAACAAGGCCUCACUGGAUUCUCUGUUGCUUUGGUCUCCACUCUGGGACGCUUAGUGCACCUGCUCAAACAGAGGGAAGAGGAAGCUCACAAAGAGGCUCAGGAGAGGAGAAGACUGGAGGAGGAGUUGAGAGAGCAGCGCGGGCUAAUUGAUGCUCUCACUGCUGAGACGAUGACUCUGAGAGAAGAGGCCGCUGCACUGCAGGCUGGGUUUCAGCAGCAGACAGUAGAGAUGGAGCAGAAGUUAGACACAGUGGUGCUGGUGAUGGGAGGACUUGGACUACUGGAGGCACACGAGGACUCAUACCAAAAUGCUGAUGACAAAGCUGCUGUGUGUGAGUCUGCACCUGUUCCUGAGCAAGAUCCUGAGCAACGAAGACCGUCUGUGUCUCCUGCUGUGCUGCUCUCCCCACCUCGACAGAGAGACAACUGGCAACAAAUUCCUGUGACUCAUCCUAUACCACCACACCACAAGAUCCCCUCGGUGGAUAGCCCACAUUCUUGUGAGGACGUCCAGUCCCACAGCUCAGCCUCCAGCCUCACUAGCCUCCCUCUCCUCAGCCUGCCCUCCACUUCCUCAAUAUCGCAGACCUCUGACCCUCUCGGCUCACGGCUCUCUCCAGAGGCCAUUCUGGCUGAGAUCGCCCAGCUGAGUAGACAGAACGACCUGGUCAAGGCCCAGCUUAGCCAGGCUAGGUGCAUGGGGUCAGGGGUCGGAGGAUUGCCUAACAGCAGCACUGGGCAGAGGAGGUCGAGCUCCGGCAGCACAGGAAGAGUCACACCCCAAAGUGUUGGAGAGAGGAGGUCAUCAGUGUCCAGCAGCACAGGGAAAAGGAGUGACCAUAACCUGAGUGAGCAGGUCCAGGCUGCUGAAAUGGAACCAACUAAUCAAGUAACCUCACCAAACAUCCUCCCUGUGAGCAAUGUGGAGCAGCGCCUACUGGAGCUCAACAGGCAGAGUGCAGCAGCGAGGGGUCGACUGCUCGAGCUCAUCGAGCAACAGAAGCUAAGCGUUUCAACCAAAGUUUCUCCCUCUCAUUCCCCCAUCUUACCUUCUGCCUUCAGCCCACAGUCCACAGGUGGAAGUCCAGAGGCGUCCAUGGUGCUGCCUGAACAGGAGCUCCUCUCACAGACUGGUGGUGGUAGUGAGAGAAGAUAUACUGGUGGUGGAGAAACAAGGGAUGGAAAAACACAGAUGGAGAAACAGAGAGAGCGAGAGGGCUGGUUUGCCUUGUCCGCUCAUGUGCGAUGACAAGAAGAGCAAUCAACCUGUGGACCCUUACUGUUUACUUUUUAGUAUUAUAUAUGUUGAUUUUAAAUGACUCAAUUAAAUUAAAUUUUUAUAAUGAA